AUGAGGUUGAAAUUGAGAUCAACACGGAAACUAACUAGAAUAUCUAGUCCAGAAACACAAGAAAAGGCUGAAGAAAAGGAGGAAGAGAUAUUCCAAAUAAAGAAAAGAAAAAAAGUUUCAGAAGUUUGGAAUGAUUUUGAUACAGUUGAUGGACAUAAAGCGAAAUGUAAACAUUGUAAUGCUCUCUUUACAAUUGGUAAAUCGGGAUCCACAUCAAGUCUUUUGAGGCAUAGAUUAAGUUGUGUGAGGAGAAAACUUAAUUUGCGAGUUGCUGAACAACAAACAAAGUUGAUUUUUUUGCCAUCUGAUUCAGCUUCACCAUCCAUUUCUGCUUUGUAUUAUGGAAAAUUUGAUAUGGAACAAAUAGGAAAAGCAGCUGCUCAUUGGAUUAUGAAUGAACAUCCAUUCACCAUUCUUGAGGAAGAGGGGUUUAAUUUGAUGAUGAAAUGUGGAAUGCCAGAAUGGAAAAAGAUUAGUCGAAUGACUUGUAGAGAAGAUUGCAUGAAAAUUUAUGAGAUGGGGAAAAAAAGAUUGAAGAAAAGUCUUGAGUGUGUAAAUAAAAAGAGAGUUUUAAGUUUUAUUAACAUUCCACCACCAAGGGGAGGUCUUCAAAUUUCCGAUGCCAUUUUCAAGUGUAUGAAAGAGUGGGGUAUAGAAAACAAGGUUUUCACUAUUACGAUUGAUAAUGCUUCCAGCAAUGAUUCGGCUAUUCGAUAUAUGAAAGAUACCAUUCAAAGGUGUAGAAAAUUAGCAUGCAGAGGAAAUUUAUUCCAUGUUCGUUGUUGUGCACAUGUCUUAAAUUUGUGUGUUCAAGAUGGAUUGAGGGAGAUUGAAGAUAUUAUAAGUAAUAUAAGGGAAAGUGUAGAAUAUGUAAAUCGUUCUGAGGCAAGACGUGUGCAAUUUGCAGACUAUGUACAACAAUUACAGUUGAAGGACAAAAAAUUGAUUCGUGAUUGCAAAACCAGGUGGAACUCGACUUUUGAGAUGUUAAGUUGUGCACUAAAGUUCAAAGAAGUGUUUAAGAUGUUUAAAGAACGUGAUCCAUUUUAUAGUUGUUGCCCUCAUGAUGAAGAAUGGAAUAAAGCUCAAAAGAUUUGCUCAUUGUUAGAGGCUUUUUGGACGGCCACUCACAUUAUUUCAGGUAGUGAGUAUCCUACUUCAAAUUUAUUUCUACAAGAAGUUCAAAAAAUAAAGUCAGCAUUGGAUACAUAUGCACAACAUGACGAUUUAUUUCUGAAGGAGCUGGCUAGUAAAAUGAAAAAUAAAUUUGAUAAGUAUUGGGGUGAGUGUAAUCUAUUGAUGGCAAUAGCUGCCGUGUUCGAUCCAACCAAGAAAAUGCUUGAAGUUGAAUUUUGUUUUCCUAAGCUUUAUUCUGAAUUAGAUGCAUCUAAGCAUAUCUUAAAAGUUAAAGAGGUAAUUUAUUCUCUUUAUGAAGAAGAGAUCAAAGUUCUAUGUAUAAUUGGGAUGAUUUUGAUGACUAUUGUGCAAAAGUAG